CGCUUCUCUAACUAAGUCCGCUUCGACUUUGAUUUCAAGGAGGCGUAAACUUCCCACGACUUCGCCGAUUCCUUCAAUCGUGCCUGAUUCCACGGCAUCUCCUGAGGUUUCAAACGUUCACAAUAAUCUUGAAAAUUCUAACAACACAAAAACCGAAGAUCCAGAAAGCCACGCAACUGUAGAAGCAGCGAUGACUUUGACGAACUCGAUAAUCACGGCGACACCUUCAAUCUCAAAAAUCAUUUCGACAAUAAAUGAUCCCACUGCUGACAUUUCAAUAUUCUCAGAUGAUCCUACAGCCAUGACGGUUUCUGCAGUCGCAAACGUGUCUAUUACGACCGCACCGUCGACGGUCGCGGUUGCAAAAGGGCCAGCAGUUACAACUCACGCUACAAUCGCGACUACAAGUAUUGGAGUUGAAACUACUUCUCUGAAUUACUCCAUAACUGAUAAUCCAACAAUCGAGAAUACAAACGCAAUUCUGACUGAUUCAGCAGUUACGACUGCGCUUGCAGCAAGCACUGAAACUGAGAUUACUUCUACAAAUGUAAAUGUAGUUCCAGAGACUGCGCAAACAGUCGCAAAUGAUCCUGUAACCGAAUCUACAGCAAAUACCGGAAUCGAAACUACAUCCAUGAUGACAGAUUAUUCUACAUUCAUGAUACCAGAUAUUGCUGAUGCGCAGGAAAUUGCAACUGAGUCUGCGACUACGCAAAUUAUAAACGCUGAUAUUGGUGUUAUUUCCACAAUUGCAAAUUAUUCCGCAGUCACAAUUCCAACAACUAUAGAUAUGCACGAUGUUAUGACUGAUGCAAUCUCGAUCACAGAUGCGAAUACUGAAAUUGAAACAACUUCCACGAUUGGAAAUUAUUCCACAUUUACUACUACAGCAAUUAAGAAUACUACGACAAUUCCUGUUACUACAAUUCCCGUUGCUACAACUGCUUCGCCAUUAACAACGGUUAUUUCUUCAACUGUGAACACGCAACAUAUACAUGCUACUGCACCUAUGACAACGAGUAAUCCCGCAGAUGCAAAUACCGUAACUGCAGACAUAAUUACGACUACACCUCUUAGUGUAAUAAUUCCAACGAUUACCGACCUUAACGUAACUACGACGUUCGCAAAUGCGAAUAUUCCUUCUACUUUUGCAAUUAGCGAGACCUCGCCAACCAUGAUUCAGUCUAGUUCUGUGACUUCGUCCAAAGCUCCCAUCACGAGCACAGUCAUAACUUCGACGAAUUCGGCUGUUCCCACAACUUUAACAACCGAAUCUUCUACGAUACAUCUCACAAAUCCAAAUAAUCUUGAUAUUAGCAGCAAUUCCGAGGUAUUAGCCGUCACCGCAACUGCAGAGUCUACUCAAACUACUGAAAUUCCCACGACAUUUGAAAUAUUUACCUCGACAGCGACCACAUUUCCAAAGUCUCUUUAUAGUACGAAUUUCGAACCAUCGUCAAUUGUAACAGCUGCAUUGUCGUCAACCCAAGGGGACAAAAGUUUCUUUACACCAAAGGUCACUCAAACUCCUUCAACCCUCCUUUCGGUCGCAACAUCAAUUGCUGACAAAGAGACCGUGGCUUUAAAAAGAUCUACAACUUCUGCGACGAUUACGACAAAUCCCACAGUUCGAACAACUACGAAUGCUUAUAACGCAGAUUCUGUACAAGCAACGAGUGAGGAGUCCACAACUGCAAAAAUGAAGAUAGUAUCUGAGGAAACUACUUUAAAAGCUAUAGAAAAUCGAAAACAAAAUCAAACGACUUCGGAACUCGACACAACUAAUUAUCAAUCCAGUCAGAAAACGGCCAGACGUCGCGUCCUAAAUCGAACGAACAAUUGGCUUGGAAGUCCUGUAACAUUGCACAGGACUAAUCAAUAUUCUCGACAUCGAGUUGCGUAUCGCGGACGACCACGAAGACCUCCUACUUAUAUUUCUUCUUCGAACAUGAUCGAGAAUAAUCAUAGAAGAAGAAUCAUGCAAAAGAAAAUCAGAGUUAAUUCUGAAGCGUUCAAUAGCACUGUCAAUAGACCUGAUCAGGAUAUUGUUGAUGUUCAGAAUACUACUGAAGAUACCGUUGCGUAUGACCAAGUGCAAAAUGUAAGAAGAAUGAAAGUUGUAUUGAAAAGAAUUAAGGAAAAAGUCGAGGAAAAAACGACUACCAUUCUACCCAUAAAAGAAUCUACUGCUAUUGAGAAUGAAAUGCUUCAUGUUUAUUAUGAGAAUGAAAAUAGUGAAGAAAAACAAAAUAUUACACUGAAAAAGAUAAAACAAGAAAGCUUGACGAAAGAAACCAGUACCAAUUCUAGUUCUGUUAAUGACAGCUCUCCAGAUAAUUCUCAAAGUAAUCUUCAUGUGGCCGAAGAUCUUUCUGAAGUAGAUAAAUCGAGAAAAAUAAUGAAAGAUGUUAGAUCUCAAUCCGAAGAAAAAAAUUCAAGCGAUAAAGCAAAUGCAGAUUCUGAUUCUAUCAAUACAAAUCUACAAGGCAAUUUUCCAAAAAGUCCUUACGCAGAAAAGAAUCUUCCCAAUAAAAGGAUUACAGGAAGAAGAAUGAGAGUUGUAUUAAAGAGCGUCAGGCCUAAAUCUGAGGAAAAAGAUUCCACAAUUGACGAAACAAAUGUGGAAUCUGAUUCUACCGAUAAAAGUCUUCAAAAUAAUCUUUCAAAUGACGUUAACUUAAGUCAGAAUUUUUCUAAUGAGGAAAAAACAAGAAGAAGAAUGAGAGUUGUAUUGAAAAGAAUUAAGUCUAAAUCCGAGGAAGAGGAGACAAAGACGGAAGAAACCAGUACAGAAUAUGAUUCUGCUAAUGAAAGUCUUCAAGGCACUUUUUCAAAUAAUUUUUACAGCGCUAAGAAUUUUCCCGUUGAAUACAAGACCAGAAGAAGAAUGAGAGUUGUAUUAAAGAGCGUCAAACCUAAGUCCGAGGGAAAAAAUUCGACAGCUGAAGAAACGACUGUAGAUUCGGAUUCUACCGAUGAAAAUCUUCAUGGUACUCUUUCGAAUAAGAAUCUUCCCGUCGAAUCUUCUUCUGGAACCAGAAGAAGAACGAGAGUUGUAUUGAAGAGCGUCAAGCUUAAGUCUGAGAAAGGGAAUUCAACAGUCGAAGAAACGAGUGUAGAUCCUGAUUCUACUAAUAACAAUCUUCAAGGUACUUUUCUAAAUAAUUCUCGCAGAGGUAAAAAUCUUCCCGUCGAAACCAAAAGACGAAUGAGAGUUAUAUUGAAAAGCGUCAAACCUAAAUCCGAAGAAAGGAACUCAACAAUCGAUGAGACGAGUGUAAAUUCUGAUUCUACCGAUCUUCAAGGCAGUUUUUCAAGUAACCUUCACGUGAACGAAAAUCUUUCCGAUGAAGAAGAGGCACGAGGAAGAACGGAAGUUGUAUUGAAGAGCGUCAAACUUAAAUCCAAGGAAGGAGACUCAGUAGCCGAAGAAACAAGUGUGGAUUCCGAUUUUGCUAAAAAAGAUCCUCAAGUACUCUACACGUACAGUACGUUUCAUUUUUCAAGUAAUCUUCAUGCGGGCGACAAUCUUCCUGACGAGGAAAAGAAGCAUUCUAAGCAUUCCGAGGAAAAGGAGGCGGUGACCAAACGGCCGGAAGACACGGAGCCGCAAACCACGAGGACGUCUGUUCCGGUCGAGGAGGACACUGAUCGACCCUCGCUCGAGGUCAGUGCAGCUUUAAGUCGAAGACCCACUUUGCCUUGAUAACACGUUGUACUUUCUUGAUCGCAUGUUGCUCUAACAAAACGGAAACGAAAGAACAAAACGCUGCAAAAGAUUAAUGAGGGACCCUAGUAGAACUGACUUACUACUGCGAAUACCACCGCCUCUUCUUGACGCUAACCAAAAGACCUCUCG